AUGCUUAGAAUGCGGAUACAAACGAAAUCAGCAGCUUGGUGUAAACAUUGUGAUCUUGCAAGACAUACUCAACUAAACGCCGAAGAGAAUUUGGACAAUCUUUAUUCCGCAAUUUGGAUGGAAGGUCCAAAAUGGAAAUUGGAUGAAGAGGCAGAAAUAUGGGAACGUUUUGGAGAUUGGGUUUCCGCCAUAUGUGAUGAUCCAAAUACGUCUGAAUUAUCUGAUCAAUUUGAUGCUGUAGAUGAGUCGAAAUUUGCAAAUUUGUAA